UUAGAUAAACAACGCUAAGAUUGCCAUGAUCGUUUUGGUCAACAGCCGCAGUUAAUAUAGGCAAAAGUCGAUCGAAAUGCCAUCCGAUUCGGGCCAUUGCCAGCAGCAAAGAUUUUACCUCCGCGAUGAAGUCGUUCUGAAUAAUACUGCCAACCGUGCGUGGGUUAUCAUCCAUGGGAACGUCUUCGACAUUACGCCUCUGUUUGAUGGAAAUUCAACCGGCUCGCCGAAAAAGAUUCAUCAACUUCUGCUUGCCUUUGCCGGUAAAGAUUUGAGCGUUCACUUCGAUGGCGCGGGCAGACCUGUCUAUCGGAUCAGUAAGGAUGGCGUCAGGGUUCCGGAGUUUCCACCGGUCACCAUUCGGAAUGCAGCCACAGGGAAGCGUUGGUGGGAUGAUAAAAGUUUGAGCAUCGGGAGGAUCACAGCCCGGGAAAGAAAAAUUAGAGUUAUCAACAAUCUUACGUUCAAGAUACAAGAACUGACGGUAUGCGAAGAAGACACUAUUACGGAUAUUCAAAAGCGGUUGCAUAGAUUCAAUGCGAAUGCAAACGAAUAUACAUGGCGGUCUAAUAUUGACAGGAAUGAUAUAACAGGAGAUUUACAGAUUGAUAAAACUCUAACCGAAAAUGGAAUCAUGUACGACAACUAUCCACCUCCGCCGAUGAUUUGGAUUUUUUACCAGAUACCGCCAAACAAUUCGGAACAAAUCAACGAAAGUGACGGCACAGUUUAAACCAAAGACGCUACAUUCUGUCGGAAGUGAAUGGUGUGCCGAAUGUCAUAAAAAGGUUUCAUCCGAAUGAAAACAAAAGACCUACACCAAGUAAUUAGGAAAACGUCAGUUGAACGGAAAGUAUGCGGUAGUCAUUGCGCAUAAACGGGUGCGUGGGUAAAAACUGUCUCAAAAUUAAAAUAUAAUAGAAAUUCCAGAAAUUCUUUCAC